AUGGAGAGUACGACGGAGACAAAUGACUCGAGGGCGCGGAUGGAUGAAGAGGUACAAGUUUUGGAGGCGAUUUUCUUGCGUAACGACUUCGAGGAUCUACGUAAAAAGGACACUUGGAAAGUUUGGAGGGCGCCGGAAUUCAAACUAAAAUUAUAUCCGUCAAGCAUGGACAUUACUGCUGAAGAGGUGUACGCGAUGGUUGAGAUGCACGUAAUGCUUCCGAUACUCUAUCCUGAACAAUUACCGUUGAUCAAAUUCACCGCAGCGAAGGGCGUUUGCGAAGCGGAUCUGAAACUUUUGGCUGCUCAUUUAGACGACUUAGCGGAACAGCUAAGAGGACAGGAGAUGUUAUUCCAGUUGUGCGAAGCGAUUCAGGAAUUUCUUUGCGACAAAAAUCGGCCUCCUGAGUAUCAGUCGUUCUACGACGGCAUGAUACGGCAUCAGCAGCAACUGAAGUCAAGCGAGUUGGAUGCUCAACAGCUGGAAGAACAGAAAUUACGAAAUAUGGAAAAUCAGGAUGUUAAGCAGAUCGAGGUCGAGUUGCAACGUCGCGAGAAACUUCGGCGACAGACUGUGCAAAAGCAGAAGGCACUGUCUUCUGUAGCCCUUUGCAAUGAAUCAACGAACAGCGAUGCAACUAGCACAUCUAGAAGCCAAGAGCUGAUUGAACUCUCCCGCAGUCGCUCGACUUGUUUCGCGGCAGACAUCGAUAUCACUUCGUUCAAAAGAUGCAUUAGACUGGAGCAUCCGGAAAAAUGCUAUGCGGAAUAUUUGGGCAUUUUGGGUUGCUCACUAGAGUGCGUGACAAUCAGUGAGUGGAAGAUCGAACUAGUCAGGAAAACUGAAGGAAACGCCAAGUUCGACCUCGAGUUACUUAAAGAAGAAAUCGCGGCAAUGGCGAUGUUACGGUGCAGUUAUUUGCUAAAUUACCUGACGUUGCAGGUGAAGUUACCUGAUGCACAUAGCGUUGAGGUGAUUCUGUUAAAGGAGAACAAUUUUUCGAUGCCAGUUUCUCGAUUUCUCGAGAGAUCAGUUGAAAUUCCUGUCAGCCAAAUGAGGCAGAUACUUCAUGAUAUAUUAACGGCGAUCGACUACCUGCAUUCAGCCGGCAUCACACAUGACGAUAUUCGUCUGGGCUGUCUAUGGGAGUCGACGAGCGGGUUCUUGUUAAGCGACUUCAGGAUUUAUCAGCGACUGAAACUGUUGACGGACUUCGCUGAAAAAGAGAAGUUUACGUUUGAUGCUCUGAAAUGCGAGUGGAAUCGCCAAGAAGACAUUGAAAGUAGAAAGCUGACCGAUAUAUUUAUGUUUGGAUGUUGUAUGCUGGAUCUGGCUAAGGGCAGUUCGAACGGAAAGCAAGAUCUUUCGAGUGUACCUCCCAGUUUUGGUGAAGAAUUCAAGGAGUUGCUGGCACACAUGAUCGUCACUCGUCCUUCGUCGCGCUGGUCCGCCGACAGGCUGUUAUUGCAUUCGUUUUUUUACGCAGAUACAAAGCACAGACGUUCGAUUGAUACUGCCUUCGACGGUGAGGAUGAAAUGAUGUAUCCGGUUAUUGUAGGCAACGAUAUGCCUCAUUCGCUGCUCUACAAACAAGCUUCGAAGAGGUUGGAAACCGAGUUUGAGGUACUGAAGUCGCUCGGCCGCGGCGGCUUUGGCGACGUCUGCAAAGUGCGUAACAAACUGGAUGGCUGUGUUUACGCAAUAAAACGCGUUCCGUUGAACCCACGGAACAAGACGUUAAACAAAAAGAUUACCCGUGAAGUAAAGCUGCUUUCGCAGCUGAACCAUGAAAACGUCGUCCGUUACUACAAUUCCUGGAUUGAGGCAGCAGCGGUACCUACUAUACUUCCGCCGCAUGACGAGAAAGAUCAGACACAAGUCCGUUUUGCGACUGCAGAGAAACCCAUUGUUGACGAUAGCGCGUUUCUAGAGUCAUUGUGCCCAGUCCCUGAUACCGGCAGAUCGGUCGAAUGGAGUUACUCUGCAAAGGCGAACGCGUCUGACGCGAACAGCAGCGAUAGCAGUGAAGCGGAAGCGGGUGUUGAUACCCUUUUCGACGACAUAUCUUUCAGUCUUGAUUCGACCAGCGAUUCAGACGUGGUCAUUUUCGAAAGAGAUUCUAACCAAAAGGACGAAAGCCUUUCUGUUCCUGUGUCUGCCGAGGUGGAAAGCGAAAAAAGAGACGACAAUGAGAAAUUCAUAGACAAUGUUCACCUCGUUCAGAUUCUAUACAUUCAGAUGGAAUUUUGUGAGAAAAGCACCCUGAAGUUAGCGAUCGAUCGAAAAGAAAUCUUUAGCGACAGUCGACGAGCUUGGCGUUUGUUUCGAGAGAUUCUUGAAGGCCUUAACUACAUUCACACUCAGGGCAUGAUUCAUCGUGACCUGAAGCCUUCGAAUAUUUUCUUGGAUUCGUACGAUCAUGUGAAAAUUGGCGAUUUCGGUUUGGCGAUUACGGGAGUACCAGAUGCUAACAGUGCGGAGAACGCGCAGUUUAGCCCUAACAUCAGUGUGUCCGUUCAGCUGUCUACGGACGUCGGUACUUAUUUGUACGCAAGUCCCGAAAUGCAGACGACCGCUGGAUAUACGUCGUAUUCGCAGAAAGUGGAUAUCUACAGUCUUGGCAUAAUAUUUUUCGAAAUGUUUUAUCCGAUGGCGACGGCGAUGGAAAGGGUACUGACGUUGUGCAAUUUGAGGAAAGAAAAUAUCGAGAUGCCCGAAAGCUUUCGCACGAGUGUUGCCAAAAAACGGCACGUCAAACUACUGAAAAUGAUGCUCAACCACAACCCGGUGGAAAGACCUAGCUCUGAGCAGCUGCUGAAAUCGAAUUACUUGCCUCCGGCUGAGAUCAAGCAAACUGAAUUUGAGAAGAACAUCAAUGCGGCGAUGGCUGACUCGCAGAGUCGCCAGUAUAAGUACAUCGUGUGUUCGGCUGUCGAGCAGCAGCCAAGUACGGUACAGGACUAUCUGUACGACGUCGAUCUGUACAAGGCGCCGUUUCAAGCCGAUUUGUGUGUUUUGAGGCAAAACGUUGAGCGCGUCUUCGUCGACCUCUUCUGCGCGCACGGUGCCAUGCGCAUCGACACUAGUUUACUGAUGCCGAAGAAACGUCGAUUCGUGGACAGGGCUGGCAAUCGGGUGCUGUUGAUGGCACGCAGCGGCAUCGUGGUACAUCUACCAUUCGCCUUGCGCGUACCGUUCGCGCGAUUCGUCGCCAAGAACCACAUCACUCACGUGAAACGUUUUUCGAUCGCCAAGGUUUUCAAGGAACGCAAGACGGUUGACACUCAUCCGCGCGAGUACGUGGAGUGCGCGUUUGACAUCGUUACGAGUUCGACUAAUUGUGCGACGGCCGUCGCCGAGCUGUUGUCCGUGCUGUCGGACAUCGUCGAUCGUUUUUCCGGACUGAAAGCCAUGAACUUUUGCGUCAAGAUCAACCACACAGGCUUAUUGAAGGUCAGCGAGACAAAUUAUUUCCGAUUUUGCGGUUGUCUAGUUUUAUUAUACCUUUGGGCUGAUUUAGUCAUUUAUCAUUCAUUUGAUCUGUUGCUUGGCAGUGCAGUGUUUAGGUAUUGUGAGCUGCAUCAGAUCUGCGCGUAUCGAAUUUCCAAAAUAAGCUGAUC